AUGGUGCGAACUGUGAAACCAAAAUCUGCCCAACAUCCAAAUCAGAUCAGACAUCGACCGGGUACGGGCGGUUUGUAUUUUUUAUUUUUUAAAAUGUAGUCGAUUGAUUUAAUCGAAUGUAUUUUUUAGUGUUAAAAGCCUCCACUUCCAAAUAUCAGAUCUUAACCAAGGAAGAAAGAGAUGAACUAAGAAGAUUGGCCGAAUGCCUUCCGAUGGUUAUGAGGGCGAACCAGAAGUCCGAUGAUCCGGCUUCAAUUGUUUUCAAUGCAGCUAGCUAUAUCGACAAAUUGGUGGCUACAAUCACAGCGAAAGUCAAAAGUGGAAGUCUUCCUCCAGGUAUAAACCCUUUGAAGGUUCUGUCAUCCCUUGUUACAGUCACUUAUUCUAUUCCGAAAAUCGGGAUUUUUCUUAUAUAGAGAACAAUCAAGCGAGUUGUACAGCACUGUUUUUAACGCAUUAUGACAGUGAUCUCUCUUCAGAAGCCUUGGAAAACAUCACCCCUAGACCAGCUAUGCCCUUAAGGCCGUUGAAUCAGAAGACGCAGAAAGUGAAGCGACGUCGUCGAUCGUAA